GCUUGAACUAUCAUCAUUUAUAUAUAAACUCUUUUCCUUGCUUCAAUUUUAACUAAUAACAAAUUCAAUCACCUCGAGUUUAACUUUAACCUAACUACCCUCCAACCAUUGACCAUCACUACUGGUGGCUAAAUUGAUGGUGCCUUGUGCUUCUUAAUAAUCCACUUUGAAAUUCCAUCGAAAGCUCUAUCUUCGUCUUCCAUAUGUUCUCAUCAACUCCAUCAAACUUUCCUCCCUAUAGUCGCUUUGAUAUGUUUGAUCCUACUUCUGACACCAACCAGAUCAACGAUUUUUCUGAUUCCAACAUUCACAAUCCCGCUGCUCAAGAUCAGUCGCAAGUGGCACCGGCCACCGGUGGCUACUUCCUCGAGGAGCCCAACUUCGAUGAGGCCUUCUUGAACCAGAAUUCUAGCUACAUGGCCAACACACCUACCAUGAAUCCUGCCAACUACAGCACCGCCAACUAUGUGAAUGCCGGCCAAUCAUAUUACGGAGGUCAACAGCUCAACCAGAACUUGGCAGAGCCUCAAUUCGAUGCUUAUAGCACCAAUUCGAGCACUAGUGCCAACACCAACACAAUCAACAGUGUGUCCACUAACACCACUGGCCAAUACUCCAACCAGUAUCAAGAUGCCUCUAUGUUGUUUUUCGACAACCAAGCAUUUGGAUACAAUAAUAAUAACGUUCAAACCAACAACAAUAAUUCCGGUAAUUAUUAUUCAUCUCCACAAGUGUCUCAAUAUAGUUCUGCCGUACCUCCAGUUAACUUCGACUUGAGCCAGCCCCAGCAGAUCAACUACAACUACACCUCCAACUCUUAUGAACACAAUGGCUCCUUGGAAAACCCUACUGCCAAGUCUACCCCAUCUAUUCAGUCUCCCCACAAAUACAUCAAAGAAGAAUAUGAACCACACAGGUAUAUCAAAGAAGAAUAUGAACCACUGCCAUUCUCAGCAUUAGAAAUUGCUGCUGCAUCCCAUGCCGAGAAACCCAAAAGAAGAUACAGAGUCAUUCGUGGGAUUUCGGCUGGUGGAUGCACCACCAAGCCUCCUAAGGAAUCAGUGGACAGCGACUCUAAGUUUUACCCUGUUGAAUUGCAAAUCAAUGGAGCAUCGGUGGAGGACGUCUGCUACUCGCAAUGGAACAUACCAGAGAAGCAGGACCGCAGAAGGAUUGUUCGUAUAGAGAGGAUCCAACAGGGUAACAAGUUGAUUGCCAACUUCAGCAUUGUUGGCAGUGCCGACGAAAACCCUGUCACAAUGCCUCCUCCAAGAAAUGUCGAUGUUGUGGAGGUGAGUUGUUUGGAGUGUGACAUUCGCAUUAACGACGAGUAUGACUCCAGCAGUGAUGACGAAAACAAGGGUAGCAAGUCUCCUAAAAAUUACGUCAAGCACGAGGUAGAUGGUGGAUGUUACCAAUACUAUAUCACCUCUGUGGAGGUGGUAGAAAUUGUGGAGUUGCUUAUUGGAACUGAAUUGGUUGACCCAGCCGAAAGAAGAAGAGAAAGAGGCAGAGUUAGAUCCAAUUUGGUUCCUUUCUGGUCCAAGAAGCCAAUUUCUUCAAGAAUGAGUGACAGCACUUCCACUUCUUCCUCCAACUCCAACACUCCUAACCAAUUCAAUGCCCACCCAACCAAUCAGGACUUCAGGGUCGAGUUGGCCAGAAGAAUCAUGGGGUACGAAAUCAGAAAGCCUCGUGGCUUUGACAAGGAAGUAAGAAUUUUGAGGUGGGAUAAAUUGGUUCCUGCCUUGAAGAGGGCAUUACAGAGUUACUACACUGAAAUCCCUAAUUAAUAGGCAUAGAAUCAGAUUUAUCUGCUAAUCACAUAAUUCACUCCUUGCAUCAAGUCCUCCCAGGCAUACUAUAGAUAUAGAGCGGCGAUAAAUUGACACACAUAAUU